AUGCUCAAGCCCAAGGACCUGUGCCCCCGAGCGGGUACGCGCACCUUCCUUGAGGCCAUGCAGGCGGGCAAAGUGCACCUGGCCCGCUUUGUGCUGGAUGCUCUGGACCGCAGCAUCAUCGACUGCCGCGCGGAGCAGGGCCGCACGCCACUCAUGGUGGCCGUGGGGCUGCCGGACCCCGCGCUGCGCGCGCGCUUUGUGCGGCUACUGCUGGAGCAGGGUGCGGCCGUGAACCUGCGGGACGAGCGCGGCCGCACGGCGCUCAGCCUGGCGUGUGAGCGCGGCCACCUGGACGCCGUGCAGCUGCUGGUGCAGUUCAGCGGUGACCCCGAGGCGGCCGACUCGGCAGGCAACAGCCCCGUGAUGUGGGCGGCGGCGUGCGGCCAUGGGGCGGUGCUCGAGUUCCUGGUGCGCUCUUUCCGCCGCCUCGGCCUGCGCCUCGACCGCACCAACCGUGCGGGCCUCACGGCGCUGCAGCUGGCCGCCGCCCGCGGCCACGGGACCUGCGUGCAGGCCCUCACCGGGCCCUGGGGCCGCGCAGCCGCUGCCGCCGCCGCCCGGGGCUCCAACUCCGACAGCCCCCCUGGUCGUCCGGCUCCCGCGCCCAGCCCCGAGCGCCGACGACCCAGCCCCCGGCGCCUACCGCGGCCUCUCCUGGCGCGCUUUGCGCGAGCGGCCGGCGGCCACGGUCACGGCGGCGAGGCUGGCUCUGGGGGCAAGAGCUCGGGCCGGCACCGGGCGCAGGGCAGCGAGCGGCCCGAGCUGGGCCGGAGCAUGAGCCUGGCUCUGGGGGCCGUGACCGAGGAGGAGGCUGCUCGACUGCGGGCGGGAGCCCUGAUGGCCCGACCAAACUCGCCACAGUCUUCGGGGACCGGGCGGUGGCGUUCACAGGAGGUGCUGGAGGGAGCGCCCCCGACUUUAGUGCAAGCCCCCAUCGGCCUUAGCCCCCACCCCGAGGGCGACCCCGGCAGUGGCCGCUUGGGUUUGCGCCGACGCUCCACAGCUCCAGACAUCCCCAGUCUGGUUGGGGAGACCCCAGGGCCCGAGAGCGGCCCAGAGUUAGAGGCCAACGCACUGCCCCACUCGGUGCCUGGGCCUCAGCCUUGGCAGGAGGGCACGGAGGCCGUGGUGCUGCACUCUCAGCGGUGAACAGCGUCGACGCCGAGCCCUGCUCCCCCCUACCCUUCUGCUCCACUGGGAUUUCUCUCUUUCUUCCAGGUCCCUCACUUUCCUGGCAAUUUCCUGCCGGUGAUCCCAGGGCCCGUCCCCACUGCCAAGGCGAG